AUGAAUUUUACAAAAAUAAAAUCAAUUUCGAAUGAAUCAAAGGCUUAAGGAUGCAAAAAAGAAUUGUAUGAAGUUUUAGCUGCCUCAAAAUAUCUGGAUAACAAAAUAUUCAAAUUAAUAAUUGAAAUGUUUAAAAAAGAAUCAAUUUCAGAUUCUUUAAGCUUUUUAUCUCAAGUAGAAAACCAAAAGUGUUGGGUAAAACACAUUAUAGAAUUUGACUUUUUAUCAAGUCCAUAUACAAAAGAGAACAUUAACAAGGUGAUAAAAGAUAUUAAGUAUUUUACAUAAGUUAUGAAAUAAAUUAAUGGUCAUGACUUUAAUAUAAUUAAUUAUUCCAAUGAAGAUAAUAUAAAAAAUAAAUAAGCUCUAAUUAAGAAAAUAUGUAAUGAUGAAAACAUAAUUGAAUUGUUAAGAUAUUUAGUUCAUCUCACUUCCAUUGAUAAUAAAUUCAUCUAAAGCGGAUCAAAUUCUCUUCAUUUGUUAGUAGAAAUGAAAAUUGAUCUAAGGUCGCAAUCCUUGGAAAAUAUUAAAAUUCAAAAUACCUCACUGCUGGCUGCUAAUUUUGCCAGAUGUGAUUUGAGUGGAUCUGAAUUUGACAAUGUCGUUGUUAGCGGGAUGAAUCUUAAUGGGGCAAAAUUAUAUAAUUGUAAAUGGAAGAAUUUAAGAAUGCAUGAUGGAAUAGAGCUAAAAGGUUAUGAUUGUGGGGUCAACUCAAUUUGCUUUUCUCCAGAUGGUAAAUCAUUAGCUUCUAGUAGUACUGACAUUUAUUUAUGGAAUAUUAAAACAAGAAAAAUAAAAUCUCUAUUAAAAGGAAAGUGUAGGAUAACAAAAGUCUGCUUCUAGCCUAAUGGUACAAUAUUAGUUACUUGUGGUAACAAAUCUGUAUAUUUAUGGAAUUUGAAAACAAGGAAAUAAUUAUCUAAACUAUGUGUUCAUGCUGCUACAGUUUAUUCAGUCUGCUUCUCUCCUGAUGGUACUAUAUUAGCAUCUUGCAGUGAGGACUAGUCUAUUAAUUUGUGGGAUGUUAAGACAUUAUAAUUAAAAGUCAAAUUAUGUGGUCAUAUUAGGGCUGUUUAUUCCGUCUGUUUCUCCCCUGAUGGUACUACAUUAGCAUCGUGCAGCGAGGACUAGUCUAUAAUUUUGUGGGAUAUACAAACAGGAUAACAAAAAGCCUAUUUAAAUGGUCAUACUAGUCGUGUUAAUUCAGUGAUUUUCUCUCCUGAUAGUACUCUAUUAGCAUCUGGUAGUGGGGAUUAUAAAUGCGGUGGAGAUUGUUCUAUCCGUUUAUGGAAUAUUAAGACGGGAUAAUUAAAAAGUAAAUUAGAUUUUGAUGAUCAUUGUGUUAUUUCGGUCAGUUUCUCUCCUGAUGGUACUAUAUUAGCAUUUGGUAAUGCAGAUAAUUGUAUCCGCUUUUGGGAUGUUAAGAAAGGAUUAAAUAAAACCAAAUUAGUUUGUCAUACAGAUAAUCUUAAUGAAAUCUGUUUCUCUCCUGAUAAUACUACAUUAGCAUCUGCAUCUGGCUGUUCCGAUGCGUCUAUCUGUUUAUGGGAUGUCAAGACAGUGUAACAAAANAAGUUGAUAAAUCAGCCUCUCGCUCAUUAAAUAAAAACUAGAAUCUUUGAAUUUUCUCUCAUUUUUUAGGCAUCUAAUCUAACCUUUGUUUUUUUUUGA